UGUGGUUCUGAGAUUUCUUUCAAAUGUUCGUAGCACUGGAAUCCACAAAUUAUUUAAACACAUCACAUUUAAAUUUCUAAAACCCAUUCGUCAUGAAUUUAGAGUUCUUCACUGAAGGCCUCGAUUGCCUAAUGUACUGUGGCAUGAAGCUUUCGCCGGAGCAGCGCAUCUUGAUUGAAAACUCGCUGAUCGCGCUGCAAAAUGACAACCGCUUUACGGGCAUGUAUCUUUGGGGUCGCAUUACGGCCACCAAGAACGAUUACUACAUUGCCUUCGGCUACACCAAUGACUGCCUGAAGGAUCGGAAGUAUUUCUACAGUGUGGACCAGUUCCAGUGGCAGUUGCUGCCGUUUGUGCAGAGCCCCAAGAUCUUUCAGGCGACUAUAUUGGCCAGGGAGCCAUUUAUAGGAGAUCCCAGCCUCAUGAGCUACGUUAAGCUGGACCCCACUUUUGACAUUGUCGGUAACCAGGUGGCUGGUAUCAGCCGCCCUGAAGUGGUCAAGCUGAAGGAGGAGGAAAGGCUGGCAGCCAUUGUGUUUAUAAUAACAGAGGAGUGUGCCAUUUGUCCACGCGGAGCCUUUUACAAGAUGACUGAUGGCCGUGUUAUACCCAACCAGAUGUUUCGUGGACUGAAUGACUUGCAGAUCGACAACCAAUCUUAUUACCAGCUUUAUCGCUUGCCCCGCAAUGAUCUCAAAGUCAAUUUGGCCAAGAGGAGCGACUAUAACUAUGCUAUUGACUUUCUGGACACCAUUGAUUGUGUUAUACCACUGUGUCAGGAUUUUGCCCUGAAUAUGCAACGAAACGAGGGUUUGGUGAUAAUCAAGUCGUGCCUUUGGUUGGGCAUGACAUUCUUUCACAAAAUCAACUCCCACAAGCAUGGUUUCCUUUAUUUGGGCGAUGGCAAAAAGAACUUUGACUUACUCUUCAUGUAUUAAGUUUGCUAUUGCAUAAAAAUGUUGUUUUUUUGAGCAUA